GGCUGCCGGGAACGUGGACUAGAGAGUCUGCGGCGCAGCCCUGAGCCCAGGGCUUCCCGCGCGUCUUAGGCCUGCGGGCCCGGGCGGGAGAGGGGGACGCAGACCGCAGACCCUAAGACACCUGCUGCACCCUCCACCCCCACCCCACCCACCUCCCCCCAACCCCCUAGCUGUGUCCUGGGCGGCUGAACGUCGCCCGUUUAAGGGGCGGGCCCCGGCUCCACGUGCUUUCUGCUGAGUGACUGAACUACAUAAACAGAGGCCGGGAAGGGGGCGGGGAGGAGGGAGAGCACAGGCUUUGACCGAUAGUAACCUCUCCGCUCGGUGCAGCCGAAUCUAUAAAAGGAACUAGUCUCGGCAAAAACCCCGUAAUUGCGAGCGAGAGUGAGUGGGGCUGGGACCCGCAGAGCCGAGCCGACCCUUCUCUCCCGGGCUGCGGCAGGGCAGGGCGGGGGGCUCCGCGCACCAAUAGGGCCAGUUCUCAGGGCGCUUUGCUCCUUGUUUUUUCCCCCGUUCUGUUUUCUCCCCUUCUCCGGAAGGCUUGUCAAGGGGUAGGAGAAAGAGACGCAAACACAAAAGUGGGAAACAGUUAAUGACCAGCCACGGCGUCCCUGCUGUGAGCUCUGGCCGCUGCCUUCCAGGGCUCCCGAGCCACACGCUGUGGGUGCUGGCUGAGGGAACAUGGCUUGUUGGCCUCAGCUGAGGUUGCUGCUGUGGAAGAACCUCACUUUCAGAAGAAGACAAACAUGUCAGCUGCUGCUGGAAGUGGCCUGGCCUCUAUUUAUCUUCCUGAUCCUGAUCUCUGUUCGGCUGAGCUACCCACCCUAUGAACAACAUGAAUGCCAUUUUCCAAAUAAAGCCAUGCCCUCUGCAGGAACACUUCCUUGGGUUCAGGGGAUUAUCUGUAAUGCCAACAACCCCUGUUUCCGUUACCCGACUCCUGGGGAGGCUCCCGGAGUUGUUGGAAACUUUAACAAAUCCAUUGUGUCUCGCCUGUUCUCAGAUGCUCGGAGGCUUCUUUUAUACAGCCAGAAAGACACCAGCAUGAAGGACAUGCGCAAAGUUCUGAGAACAUUACAGCAGAUCAAGAAAUCCAGCUCAAACUUGAAGCUUCAAGAUUUCCUGGUGGACAAUGAAACCUUCUCUGGGUUCCUGUAUCACAACCUCUCUCUCACAAAGUCUACUGUGGACAAGAUGCUGAGGGCUGAUGUCAUUCUCCACAAGGUAUUUUUGCAAGGCUACCAGUUACAUUUGAGCAGUCUGUGCAAUGGAUCAAAAUCAGAAGAGAUGAUUCAACUUGGUGACCAAGAAGUUUCCGAGCUUUGUGGCCUACCAAGGGAGAAACUGGCUGCAGCAGAGCGAGUACUUCGUUCCAACGUGGACAUUCUGAAGCCAAUCCUGAGAACACUAAACUCUACAUCUCCCCUCCCGAGCAAGGAGCUGGCUGAAGCCACAAAAACAUUGCUGCAUAGUCUUGGGACUCUGGCCCAGGAGCUGUUCAGCAUGAGAAGCUGGAGUGACAUGCGACAGGAGGUGAUGUUUCUGACCAAUGUGAACAGCUCCAGCUCCUCCACCCAAAUCUACCAGGCUGUGUCUCGUAUUGUCUGCGGGCAUCCCGAGGGAGGGGGGCUGAAGAUCAAGUCUCUCAACUGGUAUGAGGACAACAACUACAAAGCCCUCUUUGGAGGCAAUGGCACUGAGGAAGAUGCUGAAACCUUCUACGACAACUCUACAACUCCUUACUGCAAUGAUUUGAUGAAGAAUUUGGAGUCUAGUCCGCUUUCCCGCAUUAUCUGGAAAGCUCUGAAGCCGCUGCUUGUUGGGAAGAUCCUGUAUACACCUGACACUCCAGCCACAAGGCAGGUCAUGGCUGAGGUGAACAAGACCUUCCAGGAACUCGCUGUGUUCCAUGAUCUGGAAGGCAUGUGGGAGGAACUCAGCCCCAAGAUCUGGACCUUCAUGGAGAACAGCCAAGAAAUGAACCUUGUCCGGAUGCUUUUGGACAGCAGGGACAAUGACCACUUUUGGGAACAGCAGUUGGAUGGCUUAGAUUGGACAGCCCAAGACAUCGUGGCGUUUUUGGCCAAGCACCCAGAGGAUGUCCAGUCCAGUAACGGUUCUGUGUACACCUGGAGAGAAGCUUUCAACGAGACUAACCAGGCAAUCCGGACCAUAUCUCGCUUCAUGGAGUGUGUCAACCUGAACAAGCUAGAACCCAUAGCAACAGAAGUCCGGCUCAUCAACAAGUCCAUGGAGCUGCUGGAUGAGAGGAAGUUCUGGGCUGGUAUUGUGUUCACCGGAAUUACCCCAGGCAGCAUUGAGCUGCCCCAUCAUGUCAAGUACAAGAUCCGAAUGGACAUUGACAAUGUAGAGAGGACAAAUAAAAUCAAGGAUGGGUACUGGGACCCUGGUCCUCGAGCUGACCCCUUUGAGGACAUGCGGUACAUCUGGGGGGGCUUCGCCUACUUGCAGGAUGUGGUGGAGCAGGCAAUCAUCAGGGUGCUGACAGGCACCGAGAAGAAAACUGGUGUCUAUAUGCAACAGAUGCCCUAUCCCUGUUACGUUGAUGACAUCUUUCUGCGGGUGAUGAGCCGGUCAAUGCCCCUCUUCAUGACGCUGGCCUGGAUUUACUCAGUGGCUGUGAUCAUCAAGGGCAUCGUGUAUGAGAAGGAGGCACGGCUGAAAGAGACCAUGCGGAUCAUGGGCCUGGACAACAGCAUCCUCUGGUUUAGCUGGUUCAUUAGUAGCCUCAUUCCUCUUCUUGUGAGCGCUGGCCUGCUGGUGGUCAUCCUGAAGUUAGGAAACCUGCUGCCCUACAGUGACCCCAGCGUGGUGUUUGUCUUCCUGUCCAUGUUUGCUGUGGUGACCAUCCUGCAGUGCUUCCUGAUUAGCACACUCUUCUCCAGAGCCAACCUGGCAGCAGCCUGUGGGGGCAUCAUCUACUUCACGCUGUACCUGCCCUACGUCCUGUGUGUGGCAUGGCAGGACUACGUGGGCUUCACACUCAAGAUCUUUGCUAGCCUGCUGUCUCCUGUGGCUUUUGGGUUUGGCUGUGAGUACUUUGCCCUUUUUGAGGAGCAGGGCAUUGGAGUGCAGUGGGACAACCUGUUUGAGAGUCCUGUGGAGGAAGAUGGCUUCAAUCUCACCACUUCGGUCUCCAUGAUGCUGUUUGACACCUUCCUGUAUGGGGUGACGACCUGGUACAUCGAGGCUGUCUUUCCAGGCCAGUAUGGAAUUCCCAGGCCCUGGUAUUUUCCUUUCACCAAGUCCUACUGGUUUGGUGAGGAAAGUGAUGAGAAGAGCAACCUUGGUUCCAACCAGAAGAGAAUGUCAGAAAUCUGCAUGGAGGAGGAACCCACCCACCUGAAGCUGGGCGUGUCCAUUCAGAACCUGGUAAAAGUCUACCGAGAUGGGAUGAAGGUGGCUGUCGAUGGCCUGGCACUGAAUUUUUAUGAGGGCCAGAUCACCUCCUUCCUGGGCCACAAUGGAGCGGGGAAGACAACCACCAUGUCAAUCCUGACUGGGUUGUUCCCCCCAACCUCGGGCACCGCCUACAUCCUGGGAAAAGACAUUCGCUCUGAGAUGAGCACCAUCCGGCAGAACCUGGGGGUCUGUCCCCAGCAUAACGUGCUGUUUGACAUGCUGACUGUCGAAGAACACAUCUGGUUCUACGCCCGCUUGAAAGGGCUCUCUGAGAAGCACGUGAAGGCGGAGAUGGAGCAGAUGGCCCUGGAUGUUGGUUUGCCAUCAAGCAAGCUGAAAAGCAAAACAAGCCAGCUGUCAGGUGGAAUGCAGAGAAAGCUAUCUGUGGCCUUGGCCUUUGUCGGGGGAUCUAAGGUUGUCAUUCUGGAUGAACCCACAGCUGGUGUGGACCCUUACUCCCGCAGGGGAAUAUGGGAGCUGCUGCUGAAAUACCGACAAGGCCGCACCAUUAUUCUCUCCACACACCACAUGGAUGAAGCAGACAUCCUGGGGGACAGGAUUGCCAUCAUCUCCCAUGGGAAGCUGUGCUGUGUGGGCUCCUCCCUGUUUCUGAAGAACCAGCUGGGAACAGGCUACUACCUGACCCUGGUCAAGAAAGAUGUGGAAUCCUCCCUCAGUUCCUGCAGAAACAGUAGUAGUACUGUGUCAUACCUGAAAAAGGUGGUGCCUGAGCUUCCCCCAGCUGGGCAGAGUGGAGGCAGAGGAGGAGAGGUGCAGAGGCUGGUGGCGCUGACUCAAGAUGUCUCUGCUAUCUCCAACCUCAUCAGGAAGCACGUGUCUGAAGCCCGGCUGGUGGAAGACAUAGGGCAUGAGCUGACCUACGUGCUGCCAUAUGAAGCUGCUAAGGAGGGGGCCUUUGUGGAACUCUUUCAUGAGAUUGAUGACCGGCUCUCAGACCUGGGCAUUUCUAGUUAUGGCAUCUCAGAGACGACCCUGGAAGAAAUAUUCCUCAAAGUGGCCGAAGAGAGUGGGGUGGAUGCUGAGACCUCAGAUGGUACCUUGCCAGCAAGACGAAACAGGCGGGCCUUCGGGGACAAGCAGAGCUGUCUUCGUCCAUUCACUGAAGAUGAUGCUGCUGAUCCAAAUGAUUCUGACAUAGACCCAGAAUCCAGAGAGACAGACUUGCUCAGUGGGAUGGAUGGCAAAGGGUCCUACCAGGUGAAGGGCUGGAAACUUACACAGCAACAGUUUGUGGCCCUUUUGUGGAAGAGACUGCUAAUUGCCAGACGGAGUCGGAAAGGAUUUUUUGCUCAGAUUGUCUUGCCAGCUGUGUUUGUCUGCAUUGCCCUUGUGUUCAGCCUGAUCGUGCCACCCUUUGGCAAGUACCCCAGCCUGGAACUUCAGCCCUGGAUGUACAACGAACAGUACACAUUUGUCAGCAAUGAUGCUCCUGAGGACACGGGAACCCUGGAACUCUUAAACGCCCUCACGAAAGACCCUGGCUUCGGGACCCGCUGUAUGGAAGGAAACCCAAUCCCAGGCAUGCCUUGCCAGGCAGGGGAGGAAGAGUGGACCACUGCCUCAGUUCCCCAGACCAUCAUGGACCUCUUCCAGAAUGGGAACUGGACGAUGCAGAACCCUUCACCCGCAUGCCAGUGUAGCAGCGACAAAAUCAAGAAGAUGCUGCCUGUGUGUCCCCCAGGGGCAGGGGGGCUGCCUCCUCCACAAAGAAAACAAAACACUGCAGAUAUCCUUCAGGACCUGACGGGAAGAAACAUUUCAGAUUAUCUGGUGAAGACGUAUGUGCAGAUCAUAGCCAAAAGCUUAAAGAACAAGAUCUGGGUGAAUGAGUUUAGGUAUGGUGGCUUUUCCCUGGGUGUCAGUAAUACUCAAGCACUUCCUCCGAGUCAAGAAGUUAAUGAUGCCAUCAAACAAAUGAAGAAACACCUAAAGCUGGCCAAGGACAGUUCUGCAGAUCGAUUUCUCAACAGCUUGGGAAGGCUUAUGACAGGACUGGACACCAAAAAUAAUGUCAAGGUGUGGUUCAAUAACAAGGGCUGGCAUGCAAUCAGCUCUUUCCUGAAUGUCAUCAACAAUGCCAUUCUCCGGGCCAACCUGCAAAAGGGAGAGAACCCUAGCCAUUAUGGAAUUACUGCUUUCAAUCAUCCCCUGAAUCUCACCAAGCAGCAGCUCUCAGAGGUGGCUCUGAUGACCACAUCAGUGGAUGUCCUUGUGUCCAUCUGCGUCAUCUUUGCGAUGUCCUUCAUCCCAGCCAGCUUUGUCGUAUUCCUGAUCCAGGAGCGGGUCAGCAAAGCAAAACACCUGCAGUUCAUCAGUGGAGUGAAGCCUGUCAUCUACUGGCUCUCUAAUUUUGUCUGGGAUAUGUGCAAUUACGUUGUCCCUGCCACACUGGUCAUUAUCAUCUUCAUCUGCUUCCAGCAGAAGUCCUAUGUGUCCUCCACCAAUCUGCCUGUGCUAGCCCUUCUACUUUUGCUGUAUGGGUGGUCAAUCACACCUCUCAUGUACCCAGCCUCCUUUGUGUUCAAGAUCCCCAGCACGGCCUAUGUGGUGCUCACCAGCGUGAACCUCUUCAUUGGCAUCAAUGGCAGUGUGGCCACCUUUGUGCUGGAGCUCUUCACCGACAAUAAGCUGAAUAAUAUCAAUGAUAUCCUGAAGUCCGUGUUCUUGAUCUUCCCACAUUUUUGCCUGGGACGAGGGCUCAUUGACAUGGUGAAAAACCAGGCAAUGGCUGAUGCCCUGGAAAGGUUUGGGGAGAAUCGCUUUGUGUCACCAUUAUCUUGGGACUUGGUGGGACGAAACCUCUUUGCCAUGGCCGUGGAAGGGGUGGUGUUCUUCCUCAUUACUGUUCUGAUCCAGUACAGAUUCUUCAUCAGGCCCAGACCUGUAAAUGCAAAGCUCCCUCCUCUGAAUGAUGAAGAUGAAGAUGUGAGGCGGGAAAGACAGAGAAUUCUUGAUGGUGGAGGCCAGAAUGACAUCUUAGAAAUCAAGGAGUUGACGAAGAUAUAUAGAAGGAAGCGGAAGCCUGCUGUUGACAGGAUUUGCGUGGGCAUUCCUCCUGGUGAGUGCUUUGGGCUCCUGGGAGUUAACGGGGCUGGAAAAUCAUCAACUUUCAAGAUGUUAACAGGAGAUACCACUGUUACCAGAGGAGAUGCUUUCCUUAACAAAAAUAGUAUCUUAUCUAACAUCCAUGAAGUACAUCAGAACAUGGGCUACUGCCCUCAGUUUGAUGCCAUCACAGAGCUGCUGACUGGGAGAGAACAUGUGGAGUUCUUUGCCCUUUUGAGAGGAGUCCCAGAGAAAGAAGUCAGCAAGGUUGGUGAGUGGGCGAUUCGGAAACUGGGCCUCGUGAAGUGUGGAGAAAAAUAUGCUGGUAACUAUAGUGGAGGCAACAAGCGCAAGCUCUCUACAGCCAUGGCUUUGAUCGGCGGGCCUCCUGUGGUGUUUCUGGAUGAACCCACCACAGGCAUGGAUCCCAAAGCCCGGCGGUUCUUGUGGAAUUGUGCCCUAAGUGUUGUCAAGGAGGGGAGAUCAGUAGUGCUUACAUCUCAUAGUAUGGAAGAAUGUGAAGCUCUUUGCACUAGGAUGGCAAUCAUGGUCAAUGGAAGGUUCAGGUGCCUUGGCAGUGUCCAGCAUCUAAAAAAUAGGUUUGGAGAUGGUUAUACAAUAGUUGUACGAAUAGCAGGGUCCAACCCGGACCUGAAACCUGUCCAGGAUUUCUUUGGACUUGCCUUUCCUGGAAGUGUUCUAAAAGAGAAACACCGGAACAUGCUACAAUACCAGCUUCCAUCUUCGUUAUCUUCUCUGGCCAGGAUAUUCAGCAUCCUCUCCCAGAGCAAAAAGCGACUCCACAUAGAAGACUACUCUGUUUCUCAGACAACACUUGACCAAGUAUUUGUGAACUUUGCCAAGGACCAAAGUGAUGAUGACCACUUAAAGGACCUCUCAUUACACAAAAACCAGACAGUAGUGGAUGUUGCAGUUCUCACAUCUUUUCUACAGGAUGAGAAAGUGAAAGAAAGCUAUGUAUGAAGAAUCCUGUUCAUACGGGGUGGCUGAAAGUAAAGAGGAACUAGACUUUCCGUUGCACCAUGUGAAGUGUUGCGGAGAAAAGAGCCAGAAGUUGAUGUGGGAAGAAGUAAACUGGAUACUGUACUGAUACUAUUCAAUGCAAUGCAGUUCAAUGCAAUGAAAACAAAAUUCCAUUACAGGGGCAGUGCCUUUGUAGCCUAUGUCUUGUAUGGCUCUCAAGUGAAAGACUUGAAUUUAGUUUUUUACCUAUACCUAUGUGAAACUGUAUUAUGUAACCCAAUGGACAUAUGGGUUCGAACUCACUUUUUUUUUGUUCCUGUGUAUUCUCACUGGGGUUGCAACAAUAAUUCAUCAAGUAAUCAUGGCCAGUGAUUAUUGAUCAAAAUCAAAAGGCAUGCACAUCCUCAUUCACUAAGCCAUGCCAUGCCAGGAGACUGGUUUCCCGGUGACACAUCCAUUGCUGGCAAUGAGUGUGCCAGAAUUAUUAGUGCCAAGUUUUUCAGAAAGUUUGAAGCACCAUGGUGUGUCAUGCUCACUUUUGUGAAAGCUGCUCUGCUCAGAGUCUAUCAACAUCAUUGAAUAUCAGUUGACAAAAUGGUGCCAUGUGUGGCUCACAUCCUGCUUUGAUUCCCUCUGAUAAGCUGUUCUGGUGGCAGUAACAGGCAACAAAAAUGUGGGUGCCUCUAGGCACAGGAAACUUGGUUCCAUUGUUAUAUUGUCCUGUGCUUCGAGCCAUGGGUCUAUAGGGUCAUCCUUAUGAGACUCUUAAAUAUACUUAGAUCCUGGUUAAGAGGCAAAGAAUCAACAGCCAAACUAAUGGGGCUGCAAGCUGCUGAAGCCAGGGCAUGGGAUUAAAGAGAUUGUGCGUUCAAACCUAGGGAAGCCUGUGGCCAUUUGUCCUUACUAACAUGGUACACUGCAUCUCAAGAUGUUUAUCUGACACAAGUGUAUUAUUUCUGGCUUUUUAAAUUAAUCUAGAAAAUGAAAAGAUGGAGUUGUAUUUUGACAAAAAUCUUUGUACUUUUUAAUGUUAUUUGGAAUUUUAAGUUCUAUCAGUGACUUCUGAAUCCUUAGAAUGGCCUCUUUGUAGAACCCUGUGGUACAGAGGAGUAUGGCCACUGCCCCACUAUUUUUAUUUUCUUAUGUAAGUUUGCAUAUCAGUCAUGACUAGUGCCUAGAAAGGAAUGUGAUGGUCAAGAUCUCAUGACAUUAUAUUUGAGUUUCUUUCAGAUCAUUUAGGAUACUCUUAAUCUUAAUUCAUCAAUCAAGUAUUUUUUUGAGUGUAUGCUGUAGCUGAAAGAGUAUGUAUGUAUGUAUAAGGGUAGAGAGGAAUUAAGUCUCAGUACACUUCCUAUGCCAUGUUAUUCAGCUCACUGGUUUACAAAUAUAGGUUGUCUUGUGGUUGUAGGAGCCCACUGUAACAAUACUGGGCAGCUUUUUUUUUUUUUAAUUGCAACAAUGCAAAAGCCAAGAAAGUAUAAGGGUCACAAGUCUAAACAAUGAAUUCUUCAACAGGGAAAACAGCUAGCUUGAAAACUUGCUGAAAAACACAACUUGUGUUUAUGGCAUUUAGUACCUUCAAAUAAUUGGCUUUGCAGAUAUUGGAUACCCCAUUAAAUCUGACAAUCUCAAAUUUUUCUUCUCUUCAAUCACUAGUCAAGAAAAAUAUAAAAACAACAAAUGCUUCCAUAUGGAGCAUUUUUCAGAGUUUUCUAACCCAGUCUUAUUUUUCUAGUCAGUAAACAUUUUUAAAAAUACUAUUUCACUAAUACUUACUGUUAACUGUCUUGAGAGAAAAGAAAAAUAUGAGAGAACUAUUGUUUGGUGAAGUUCAAGUGAUCUUUCAAUAUCACUACUAACUUCUUCCACUUUUUCCAAAAUUUGAAUAUUAACUCUAAAGGUGUAAGACUUCAGAUUUCAAAUUAAUCUUUCUAUAUUUUUUAAAUUUACAGAAUAUUAUAUAACCUACUGCUGAAAAAGAAAAAAAUGAUUGUUUUAGAAGUUAAAGUCAAUAUUGAUUUUAAAUAUAAGUAAUGAAGGCAUAUUUCCAAUAACUAGUGAUAUGGCAUCGUUGCAUUUUACAGUAUCCUCAAAAAUAUAGAAUUUAUAGAAUAAUUUCUCCUCGUUUAAUAUUUUUCAAAAUCAAAGUUAUGUUGGUUUUCUCAUUUUACUAAAAUCAUAUUCUAAUUCUUCAUUAUAGUAAAUCUGUGAGCAACUCCUUACUUCAGUUUCUCUGACUUCAAGGCCAUAUUUUAAAAAAUCAAAACGCACUGUGAACUGUUUUGAAGAAAACAACAUUUUAAUACAGAUUGAAAGGAUCUCUUCUGAAGCUAGAAACAAUCUAUAGUUAUACAUCUUCAUUAAUACUGUGUUACCUUUUAAAAUAGUAAUCUUUUACAUUUUCCUGUGUAAACCUAAUUGUGGUAGAAAUUUUUACCAACUCUAUACUCAAUCAAGCAAAAUUUCUGUAUAUUCCCUGUGGAAUGUAACUGUGUGAGCUUCAGAAAUUCUCAAAAUACGUGUUCAAAAAUUUCUGCUUUUGCAUCUUUUGGACACCUCAGAAAACUUAUUAACAACUGUGAAUAUGAGAAAUACAGAAGAAAAUAAUAAGCCCUCUAUACAUAAAUGCCCAGCACAAUUCAUUGUUAAAAAACAGCCAAACCUCACACUACUGUAUUUCAUUAUAUGUACUGAAAGCAAAUGCUUUGUGACUAUUAAAUGUUGCACAUCAUUCAUUCACUGUAUAGUAAUCAUUGACUAAAGCCAUUUGUCUGUGUUUUCUUCUUGUGGUUGUAUAUAUCAGGUAAAAUGUUUUCCAAAGAGCCAUGUGUCAUGUAAUCCUGAACCACUUUGAUAUUCAGACAUUAAUUUGUACCCUUGUUAUUAUCUACUAGUAAUAAUGUAAUACUGUAGAAAUAUUGCUCUAAUUCUUUUCAAAAUUGUUGCAUCCCCCUUAGAAUGUUUCUGUUUCCAUAAUAGAAAUAGGUAUGCUAUUAUCCCUUCUUAUACCCUAAGAUGAAGCUGUUUUUGUGCUCUUUGUUCAUCAUUGGCCCUCAUUCCAAGCACUUUACGCUGUCUGUAAUGGGAUCUAUUUUUGCACUGGAAUAUCUGAGAAUUGCAAAACUAGACAAAAGUUUCACAACAGAUUUCUAAGUUAAAUCAUUUUCAUUAAAAGGAAAAAAGAAAAAAAAUUUUUGUAUGUCAAUAACUUUAUAUGAAGUAUUAAAAUGCAUAUUUCUAUGUUGUAAUAUAAUGAGUCACAAAAUAAAGCUGUGACAGUUCUGUUGGUCUACAGAAA